AUGCCCAAGAGACUACUAGAUGUUAGCCGAGUUGAGGAACCCAUCAUGCGCCUAUUCACAACCGAUCCUACCACUGUGGAGAACUAUGCUAUUGCCAGCUAUGCCUGGGGUAUUAGCUCGAAAGCAGACGCCAUUCACCAAGCCCGAACGACCCAGGCGAAUAUAGGACCAAGGAUGGAACAUGGGUUGCAACUCGCGAGUCUGCCGAGGACCGUCCGGGACCUAAUUGAAGUAACGCGAAUCCAAGAUAAUCCGGUCGAGCAACGGCAUCAAUUAGAUAGAAUAGCCGAGUUUUACAAACGAGCCGACAUCCUCAUCUCUACUGCAAGUGCUUCGCAUUGCGGUGAAGGAUUCUUACAACCUCGAAACGUUGACCAGUGCUAUAGUGCCAUCUACGAGUUACCUUUCAAAUGGGAAUUCCCCAAUCGCGAGGUCAAAGGUUCAAUAUUCCUGUGCGAAAAGACCCUGAACUACAUUUCAGACGAGGACCCUCUACACAUGCGGAUUUAG